AUGUCCUCCCAGCAGAGCGCCGCCGCCGCCAAAGGCUUUUCCAAGGGGUCUUCGCAGGGUCCCGCUCCGUGUCCCGCGCCCACGCCCGCCCCGUCCUCCUCCUCCUCCUGCUGCGACGGCUGCUGCGGCUCCGGCGGCGGCUGCUGCGGCAGCUCGGGCUGUUGCGGCUCCAGCUCCGGCUGCUGCGGCUCCAGCUCCACCGGCUGCUGCUGCUUUCCACUGAGGCGCCGCCGGCAGCGGGGUCGCGGCUGCUGCUGCUGCGGGGGCGGCAGCCAGAGGUCCCAGAGCUCCUGCAACGCGGGCUCCCGCUGCUGCUCUGGCGGCUGCUAA